GGGGCGGCACCGCCCCUUCUGCGCUGUGGCGCAAUAAAGGCACGAAGCGCCGUUCCCCAAGGAUAAACAGGCGUGUUGCAGGCUGGUGGGAGCCGCGGCUGAGUCUUUCUCGCUCCCUUGCAAGAGUCGCGAUGCUGACCAAGCCUGACGCACCCGCGCCCACCUCUCCCUCAAAAGGGGGGCGUGCCCCUGCAGUCAAAGCUGGAGGGAUGAGAGUUUCUAAGAAGCUGGAGAAUGCACCUGUUGAAAGAAAUCCCAAGGUUCAUGGAAGAGAAAGGGCAAGCACGGUUAGCAUUGCAAAAAUGCAAAGCGUGAGCGUCUUGUUAGCAGAUGCAUUGGAGAAACUCAGGCAUAAAUUCCCAGCAGCGGCUGCCUCACAAGGAGUGCAUCAAAAGCCACGGCCUACUCUGGAAAAGAUUAUCCCGCCCAAAAGAAUGUGCAUUAUUCAGCAGCCUCGAAAAUGUUAAAGUUGUAGAGUAAAAUAUUUAUAUAUCUGACAGACUUGCUCUUAACAAAACACCACUUAGCUAAGCAUGCAGUAAAUGGACCAAAUGUCUCAUGCAGUUUCUACUUCAUAUUUUUCAGGCAAUAAAAUCUCUUAUGUUCUGCAAAGCACAUUUUUAUUUCAGAAGAGACUAAUAGGACUUUCUUGUGUCAUCAUUCCCAAAACAUCCUGGGCUUUGCCACUUGGAAUAGAUAGGCAGUUUCUCUAACAUAUACUUAGAGAGGCAAAUGCUCUUGCACUUCUUAUGAGUCACAAAGCUGCAUGCAAUUCAUUAACUACAUGUUGUGGCUUGACAGGAAAUCCAUAACAUGCCUCCUUUUGCGUCCAAAGAGGCAGCAAAAUCAGAAGCUACAUGGAGGUACGAGUAGGAUACCAUAUACCAGGGUUACUAACAUGGUCCCCAUGAGCAUCAUGGCACCUGCUGAAAUCUUUCUUGGUGCCCAUUAAGUGCCUUCAGAAAAUUAGUAUGAGCAAGUGGGCCUCUUGUCCAGCAGGACUUCUGAUUGGCCACUGAAUAUCCAAUUAGCUAUGAAGAUUAAAAUACUGUUUCGGUGGUGCUUGCCACUGUCCCAAUGUUUUUUUUUUAUUACUGCUCUUUUCUUCUGUACUUGGGCUUCCUUUGUGUGAUUGGCUCCACUUCCUGCAGUAGCCAUUAUUUGUUGCACCCACCAUCCCAUGCCAGAGUUCCAAGGAUUUGCCCAGGCUGAAAUAGGUUGGGGACCUCUGCCAUUACACUUGCUUUAUACCCUGCUUGGAAAUGUAGAAGCCAUUUGCCUCUGAGAAUGUGGGCGACGUAGGACAAUGAAGAAACUUACUUAAUUUCUUUCCUAGUAAUAUUUGAAAAACUAUCAGCUUCAUCUUGAUGAUCAGUUUAUUCAUCUUGGCAUCGAGGUGUCUUUUGCACUGCAAUCCAUAAGGGCCCCUGAGAAGGCAUGCAUGCAUGUACCAGAACCUUGACACCUAUGUAGAGAUAUUCCCAAUAUCCAUGGUCACGGUGCCCAUUGAGACCUUUCCUGUCACUUGUCAAGUAUUUUUAGAAAGUGGGUGGGGCUUUUGUCCAGCAAGAUUUGUGAUUGGUCAAUGGAUAUUCAAUUUGCUGUGCAUAUUUUUUUAAAACAUUGCUUUGGCAGCAGCUGCCAUCAUAGUACAAAGAUCUUCACCAAGUAUGUGAACUUAAGUAGCAUCAGGCUUUCUGUGACUGGCUCUGCCUCUUGCAGCAAUCAUUUUAUGGCACCUGCUUUGUGGCUGUGUCCACACACUGUGCUAGAAUUCCAAAGGUGCCUGCAAGUUCAGAAAGGUUUUGGACACCUGCACUAGUAUCUUCAACACAGGAAGAGCUUGGCUUUUAGUAUACUUCAUGUUUAAAUCUUUUUUAAUCCUUUACGCUAAUGCCGCAUGGGUUUACUAAGUAAUAUAUUGGAAUUGGAACAUACUUGGCCACCUGAAUCCUUCUCCUGUCCAGAAAACCUCUGAUAACAAUACAGCUUUGAUUUUAGCAUUGACAAUCAGACUGAGUGUGUGAAGAAAUGCCAAUUCCUCUUUUUUUCUGUGUACUUCUGCCAAUGUUUAAUCAUAAAGGCUCUUGCUUACAUGGUAAUUGCAUAUACUGUGUUGUUCUGAACAAGGAGCAGUGAUCCUAUGAGAAACAUGUCUCUUUUAAAUUUAGGGAACUUCUGAUAUGACUUGUCAUGAUUUUAACUAAUGUAAUUAGUUUAGCAUGUGAAUUUACUUGCACAGGUCCGGCCUCAUAAACAGGUCUCUGGCCCUUUUCACACAAAUCCCUUGAACAUCUGUAAAACAUUUUCAGUCCCUCCCCUUUACCACAAUGAAUGUCUGCACGCACCCACUCAGAACAAUGCAUGGCUGCCAUUUUAUUAUCCUCCCCUUUUUUAGAACAUUGUUGGAUAAAUUAUUCAAAGUUUCACAGCCUUCUGCUGCAAUUUCCUACACUACACAUAUUCCAUCCUUCAACGAUUAGUGACCCCCCAAAUUACAAACAAAAAAAGGCAGAAAUGCUGCAAAUAAACAGGCGAGGGCCAAGGAGGAAGUCUGAGGUCAGCAGACAGGCGUGGGAAACAUCUUAAAGAGACUUCACGGUGCAGUGAAGCAGUUUUGAAAACAUUUCAACUAAAGAAUCAUUUUAAAAGGGCAUUCACUUAACACAUUUUGAGGCAGCAAGUAAAACAUGUAGGGAACCAAAGCGGGUUAAAAACAAUGCAGAACUCCAUGGAGGAAACGUUUUAUUUCCUGCCUCAAAAUGUUAUAAAAGGUUUGUGCAGAAAAUACCCAUAUUUUCCUGUCUAAUAGCUAACUACUGGGAAGUUACAUUCAAAUGCUUUUUCUUGUCAUUGCCAAAACUCGAAAUUUCUAAAUAAGGGUUUCUUUCUGUAUUUGAAGAAUAGAGAUAGGAAAGAUUUGACUUCAGUAGGUCACACACAUCUCCCCUUGGCUAUGCACAGACAAUCUUUAUGGGAGAAAUGCCAAAAGCCAUUACUAACGCUAGAUAGUGAAAAUCACAAAAUCAAUGGACUUUUGAAAUUAUUAGCCACUAAAAGUUAGUAAAAACCUUUUUAGCCACUAAAAGUUAGCCACUAAAAGUUAGUAAAAAAAAAUACUUUAUCACAAAUUUCGACAAGCUAAGAAUUCAAGCACUUUCACAGAACUUGCUGGAAUUUUUACAAUGGAUGGCUGUAGCCUAAAAUGGACUUGCCUUCAAACCUCUUCACGGCCUUAUACACCAUGCCUCCUUUCCAUUCAAUCCAUGCUCCUGACUCUGACACUUCCAAUUUGACACAGGCCAGCAGUAUGUCUCCUGUCUUAAACAUUUUGACGCUUCCCCAUGGUCACUUAGAUGCCUUUUGGUACUUCACAAGAUAUAUUUGUACUGUCAUAUUGCUGCCUGCAUAUUCUUAACAAAUAUACUAUUUCAUUUAUUCUGUAGUUCAUACUUUAUGUAAUGGAAGUUGCUAGCAUUUCUUUUCCCUCUAAAUGUUAGCUACAGUUUAUUGCCGUAUUCCAUGUCCUCUAUGAAUAUACUUCAUAAAACCAUCUACUUCAA